AUGCCUCUUCCGCAAUUACUAGUUGGCAAGGUGGCUGCCAUCACUGGUGGUCUCACUGGUAUUGGACGGGCAAUUGCCCUAGAAUAUAUUCGUCACGGUGCCAACGUCGCAAUCAGUCAUCUAGGUGGCCCCAAAGAAGAGGAUCUGCUGGCAUCUUUGCGCAGAGAUGUGAAUGACAUUGAAGAGGGCGCGGACAAGAAUCGCUUCAUUACAGUUGCAGGUGAUAUAUCCCAGCCUGAGACGGGAAAACUCUUUGUCGCGAAAACUGUGGAAGCAUUUGGCAGGCUGGAUGUGUUUGUUAGCAAUGCGGGUGUCUGUCAAUUUGCGGAUUUUCUCGAACUAGAGCCUUCCCUUCUUAACCACACCGUUUCUACCAACCUCUCCGGCGCCUUUUUCGCAACCCAAGCUGCUGCUAGACAAAUGGCACUAACUCAAUCACCACCCGGUGGCUCAAUUAUUGGCAUCAGCUCAAUCUCCGCACUUGUCGGUGGAGGCGAACAGACACAUUAUACACCUACUAAGGCUGGCGUUUUGAGUUUGAUGCAGUCUUGUGCAGUCGCAUUGGGAAAAUACAACAUCCGAUGCAAUGCUUUACUCCCGGGUACUAUACGGACACAGUUGAAUGAUGCUGAUAUGGCUGAUCCUGUGAAGAAGGAGUAUAUGGAGGGGCGGAUUCCUCUUGGAAGACUUGGCCAGCCUCCAGAUUUGGCGGGCCCUGCAGUUUUCUUGGCUUGUGAGGACUUGAGUAGCUAUGUGACGGGUGCACAGCUUCUGGUGGAUGGUGGCCUUUUUGUUAAUCUUCAGUAA